CUCCAUUCCCAGCCGCCACAACGCCCUGAGGCUCUCUCUAGUUUCUCAUGCAUUCUAUUCUAUUGUUAAAUAGAUACUCGGCCAAUCACACCGCGCAGCGCGGCCUAUUCAGGCCAACACCAUCCACGCCCAGAUCGACAAUGUGCAUUAUCAGUGCAAUGAAUGGCCGCCAUUGUUUGUUGCACGCUAGCCGUGUUUCAUGAGCCUCGCUUUAUGGCAACUGCAUCAGGCGUCAAAGACCAGACUCAAUAGAGUCUACACUAUUGUCAAUAUGUCAAGCCGUUUACUACAAAUCUAUUGUCUUGUCGCAGAACGCCGCCUUUAACUUCUCGACCUACUCCGCUGCUCUCUCUUCAUCUUCCUGAUAUCUACCUACCUUCUCUUCUCCGCGUCUGCUGGCUGGAUCGUAAAUUUCAAUUAUAUCUUAAAUUAAUUUUACAACUUCAACUUCGAAUUAUCUUACCUCGACAAAUUGCUAUGGCUGGCCUUUUCAAGAAAUCCCUGGCUGGUCCAGGCUUUGUCAUCCUCAAUAUCAUCCGCGGAAUCAACAUCAUCGCCUUCCUCGACAUAAUCGCCGCAAGCGUGGCCAUGCUGAUCAAGAUCUCCAUCAACAACAACUUUUUCUUCUUCGAAGCCGUGAACCAUGUGGUCACCGCUGUUUUAAGCAUCUUCCUAAUCCUCUCAGAGCUGCCCAUCCUGGACGACUUUUUCACCCGUCGCUGUCCGCAGCUGUCCAAUACAGCAGGAUUCGCACCGCUGGCCCUGGUCAUGGUCGUACUCGGCGUUUCUGUCGUUGGGAACCUGAACAACAACGACUAUAGCGAGAAAGAGCUGGGCAUGUCGUUCUGGCAGGUCGUUGCUUCUGCUGGAAUCCUGUCAAUGACCAUGGGAAUCGUCAAUUUCAUUGCCAGUUUUAUCUUCGCCGAUUCCAGCGACGGUGAAAAUCCCAUCACAGCCCGCCAAGUCCGCGCCAAUGGUCGCCUCGCCCAAAAAUCAAACAGCCAAAACCCUCAUCAACGCAGCUUCAAACUCCCUCUGAACCGCGCUGACACCCUCCCGACUUACGGCGCCAGCACGCGGUCCAUGUCAAUGCGCAACAACAACUCCAACGGACUCAGACUCCCCAUCAAGAUCUCGAGCCCUGUGCGAGAGCAGGGUGAUAACAUCUCCAAAAGUGGUAGUGAAACACACCCCACGCCGCCGGAUCUUGCUCACCAUCCUGCCCUAAACCCGUCUGAAUUUGUCUAACCGCAAACAUAAUAAACAAUGAUAAUACCCCUACACUCGCUAGAAAAGUCGGCGUUAGACCAGGUUGGACUCGUUUCUUUGGUUUAUAUUGUAUUGGCGUCAUUCGAAGUAAACACUCGCUCGUAAUUGUACAUAAUCUUGCAGUCUUUCAUCUUUCGAUUAGCAGGCUCGGCGUCGGUCUCUGUUUCUUUCGGCCUCUUGGUUAUUCUUGUUUCAAAUAUAAAGAAGUAACUGCCAAUAUAAAUAUUUCAAAUAUG